AUGCCAAGUAAAGAAUUUAUUAUUCCAUUAAUUUUAUUAUGUUUUUAUUCAGUAAAUGGAUUUGUAGCAGUAAUAUCAUCAUUGGUAGAAUUAUUUAUACACAAAGCAUCAUGGAACUCAAUCAAAAUAUUUUUUUAUAGUCUAUUAAUUUUACAAUGUUUAUGUAGAUGUAUUAUUAUUGGUUGGGGAAUGAUCGAAACUGUUCAAGGUGGUGAAUUUUAUAGUAAUUUUCCAUCAUUAUUAUUUAUUUCAUAUGCUGGUUUAGUCGCAUUACAAAUGAUUCAAUUUUUACCAAAUGAUAAUCAAUAUUUAUUAUUAUCAGAAGGUAAAAAAAAUAAUCAUAAAGUUAAAGUUGGAACCAACAUUUUAAUAUUUUUUAAUUUAUUUAUGUAUUUUGGAAUGUUUUUAUUAUUUGGAAUUGCAGAGAAACAAGUUGGAAAUUCAACUAGUUUUAAUCAUCAUGGUAAUCAUAAUUCUACAACAUCUACAUCAACUGAUGAAAUACCUUUGGUUUCAACAGAAGUUGGAGAAUUAUAUCUUUUUGGUGACAAAGAUCCAAUUUAUAUUGUAUUGGAUUGUUUUUAUUUUGUAUGUUUAUUAUUAUUAUUAAUUUUUCAUUCUUAUGUUGGUUGGAAAACUUAUAAAAGAAAUAAAGAUUUAUUUGGUAUAAAAUUAAAUGUAAUUCAUUUAAUUUUAUUAAUUUGUAUAUUUAUUAGAUCAUUAUUAGUAAUAAUUGAUCCAUCAUCACCAAAUAAUUCAAUAUUACAUAUUGAUACAGAAUCAUGGUUAAUUUAUAUUUAUACUAUAUCAUAUUAUGUAGUUGGUGAGAUUAUACCGGGAAUGUUGUUGAUAGUGAUUGAAUUUCUAUUACCAUAUCAUAAAAGAAAAGAUUUUAUAAAUAUUGGUGGAGAAUUAUCAAGUUAUCAAGAUGUUUGGAAAUCAGAGAAUAUUGCAAUUCAUGAAUUGCUAGGAAUGGGUGGUAGUGGUGCUAUGGUGCAUAAAUGUACCGUAAAGAAAGGUCCAUUACGUGGUGGUACUUUUGCAGUGAAAGUAAUGAAAGAUUGUACAAAUGAAGAUAUUGAAUCGUUAGAGAAUGAAAUUAGAGUCUAUGAAAAACUAAAGUCACCCUAUAUCGUCUCCUAUCAAGGUUCAAGUAAAGUCGUUGGUUCAAGUGGUCAAAUCUUUGAGAUUCGACUAUUCAUGGAAUACAUCCCACAUACAUUAGAUAAAUAUCUAUUAGCAAGGUCAGUUUGUGGUGAUUCAAAUGGUGGUGGUUCAAGUAGAAAUUUAAAAAAUUAUUUUUUACACAUGCAAGAAUAUCAAUCUUCACCACAAUCUUCAAUUUCAUAUUAUCAGAAUAAUAAUAAUAAUAAUAACAAUUCACCAUUAAUACAACCACAACAACAACAACAAUAUGUCUAUCCAUAUUAUUUUAGAUAUAGUCAAGUUGUUUGGUAUUUAUAUCAAAUUUCAAUUGGUUUGGAUAAUUUACAUGCAAAUAAAAUUGCUCAUAGAGAUUUAAAAUCAAAUAAUAUUUUUGUAACUUUAUCAGAGAGUGAAGUUAAAAUUUGUAAAAUUGGUGAUUUCGAUAUCUCUAGAUCUUUUAAUAAUCCAAAAGUUUUAAAUGUUUUAUCAAAUCCAACAGCUUUACAACAACAAAAAUUAAAUAAUUUCUUUCAAUCAGCAACAACAACAACAACAACAGAACAAACAACAGAGCCAAUAGAGGUAGCAGCAACAACAACACCUCAAACAAUUCAUUCAGCAUUUCAACAUGAUAUUUUAUCUUUUGGUUUUAUUGUUUUAGACUUUUUAACUUUAUCAAACUAUAGUUGUUUUGACUCAAAAUUUGAUACUUCAAACUACUAUGAUGAUGAUAAAUUCAAUAAUAAAUCAAAUACAAAAAUUAAAAAACCAGAUUUACCAGAUUAUAUAAAAAAAGAUGAAAAACUUUGGGAACCUGUCAUUCAACUUUAUAAAAGUUGUACAUCUGAUGAUCCAAAUAAACGACCUUCUUCACUUGGUGUUAAAUUUCAUUUAGCCAAUCUUUAUAAAGAUAUUAUAGAGUCUGGCACUGAAGUUUGGUCAAUUGAAAAAGAUUCUUCAAGUAAAUGA